UUUUUUGAACACACAAACAAGCAAGGAGCCACCUCCCGGACGUUUUUUUCUUCAACUUCACCGUUUUGAAAAUUCGACUCCCGCGUCAAAUCAAAUGGGAGGAGAGAGAAAUCAAAAGCUACCAAAUCCAAGUCGAACAAAAAUACCUGUCGUCUUCCCUCGAUUUCGAAAAUCGUGGAAGAUGUCUUGGGCUCUUGAAGUUCAGAAUCGAAUCAAAAUGAAAAUGGCGUGGAAGACGAUGAUUGAGCUUCGUUCGUUCGUUAGCUCACUUCUUGGCAUUUGCUUCUAGUCGUUUCCGUUGCCUUUUCUCGUCAACACAUCUUCUCCGCCAUCGCGACCAUGACGCCUCAUUCUUCCCCACGCCUUUGUAGCUCUGGCUCUCCUUUGACGAAAACAAGCGCAACACCUUCGAAAUCACAUCACCCUCGGACGCGACGAACUCGCCGUGGACAGGGAAACAAGAAGCAAAAGACAGAUCAAGAGAAUUUCGACCCGCGAAACAAACCAAACGGCAAUGGUAACAAGCAUUCUUGCAUCGCUGGCAAACCCGGGCUAAACAGCAGGGACGACGAGGGAUCCAUUGGGGCUGACUCUUUCAAGGACACCACCAAAGUCAACAAACAAUAUGUGGCGCUCGAUUGUGAGAUGGUGGGUGUGGGUCCUGGUGGUAAGCGAUCCGUUCUAGCUCGCGUCACUGUAGUAGAUUGGAACGGAAAGCCUCUCCUGGAUACGUUUUUGAAGGUCCACGAGAAAGUCACAGAUUACCGGACCUUUGUCUCGGGCGUCAAGCACGGUGAUCUAACGGGUCCCAAUGCCAUGGAUUUUGGAGUUUGCAGAAAGAAGGUCAUCGAGCUGCUUCGCAACAAUGUGCUCGUUGGACAUGCAGUGCACAACGAUUUGAAUAUCAUGAAGAUCAUACAUCCCCUGGAGGACGUGCGUGACACGAGCAUGUAUGAGCCCUUCAUGGUAGUGGACCACUACACUGGUUAUCUCCGCCCACAAAAGUUAAAGAAUCUAUCGAAGGUCUACCUCGGCCGAACGAUCCAGGAAGAAGGCACUUGCCACGACAGUUGCAUCGAUGCCCAAACCGCCCUCGACCUCUACAAGUCAGUUCAGACUGAUUGGGAAAGCGCCGUUUCCCAAGCACAGACGCACUAUGCCGCAUUUGGUCCACCCUUUGGACGAUACCAAUACCAAGGAAGCUACAACUAAAUGAACAGAGACCUGAAAGGACGUAAUGCAAAACUCAAAAGGGAGGCCCAAUGCACUGGGAACGCGUUAGAAAGCAACCUUCAAUUAAAAUAGUCAAAAACUGAUC